GUACGCUCAAAAUCUAUUGAUUCAACCGGAGAAUGAAACCAACGGUGGUCGAUGAGGACUUUGAAGAUGCUGAAGAGGAAAACAAGUUGAUCAAUGAGGAGUACAAGACAUGGAAAAAGAACGCGCCGUAUCUAUACGAUACUGUGAUCACACAUGCUCUCGAUUGGCCAAGUUUGACCUGUCAAUGGUUCCCCGACAAGGAAUCACCAUCCAACAAACCAUAUACUGUCCACCGCCUGCUCCUUGGCACACACACUUCCGGCCAAGCGCAAGACUACCUUCAGAUUGCCACCGUCCAAAUCCCCAAACGCGAGGGUCCAGGUGCAGAUACGCUCGAUCGCACGAACUAUGACGAUGAACGCGGAGAACUGGGUGGACACACCAUUCCCAACACCCCUCGUAUACAGAUCACGCAGCGCAUCAACCAUAAGGGCGAGGUGAACCGUGCGCGGUAUAUGCCACAGAACCCCGACUUGAUUGCGACUAAGGCGGUUUCUGGAGAGGUGUAUGUGUUUGAUAGGACGAAGCACUCAAGUGAACCAGAGAGGGGAGGCGUGUUCAAACCAGACAUCCGACUAGUAGGGCAGACCAAAGAAGGGUUCGGACUAGCUUGGAAUCCACUCAAACCCGGCCAUAUUCUGGGCGCAUCUGAGGACAAGACCGUUUGCCAUUGGGAUAUCAAUGCGUAUUCCAAAGCUAAUCCGUCUAUUGAACCGUUGAAUGUGUUCAAUGAGCACACUGCUGUUGUUGGGGAUGUCGACUGGCAUCCUACACAAGAGAAUGUCUUUGCCAGUGUCAGUGACGAUAAAACAUUGAAGAUUUGGGAUACACGACAGAAGGCCCCCACCUCCUCCAUGCAAGUUCACGAGCAAGAAAUCCUGGCUGUCGCCUUCAAUCCAACGGGUGACAAUCAUCUCGUGACUGGUAGCGCAGAUAAGACCAUCUUAUUGCAUGAUAUGAGGAGGCUAGGCGACCGCCUGCAUGUCUUUGAGUCCCACACAGACGAGGUUCUUCACUUGGCCUGGUCGCCUCACAACGCAGGGGUAUUUGCAUCCGCAUCUAGUGACCGUCGCAUCAACAUUUGGGAUCUUGCUCAAAUUGGAGCAGAGCAAACUCCAGAUGAUCAGGAAGACGGGCCUCCCGAGCUCAUGUUUGUUCACGGCGGCCAUACCUCGCGCCCAGCGGACUUCUGCUGGGCACCGGGGAUUGGGGAGAAUUGGACAGCAGCAAGCACAUCUGAAGACAAUGUUGUGAUGGUAUGGCAGCCGACCGCUCACGUCUGGGCCGGUGAUGAAGUCAAGGUAGAUGUAAGGCAACUGGAGGACGACGCUAUGCAAGGCAUAGAGACCACAGCAGAGCCUACUCGAGCGCCGGUCGGAGCGUCUAGAGGUCGGAGCAGCGGUACCCAAAGCAUGAGCAUGAGCGCCUCCGAAAGCGUUUCAGCGGGAGAUCUGGACGAGGAGAGCUGAAAGGAUGUUGUGCUCUAUGGAUGUUCAUGUUCGAAUACGAUCCCUGGCUAUGCUUGUAUGAUGGCUGAUUAAAACAAUAAAUAACAGACAGAUCC